AUGAGCCAAGGAGACUAUGCAAGCGUUUCACCAGGAACAGUCCACUCGUACCAAUUCUUGUCUCCCCACACCGAGAUCGUCGGCAUCAUCGUCGAGAGGGCCUUUGAGCCCUUCUUCCACAAGAUCGGCGACCACUACGAGGGACACCUGUGGCCUGAUAUCGAUGACCGGGACCCUCACGCCAUCCUGCCCCAGCGCGUCAAGGAGGCCGCCGAGGAAUUCGACGUCAUCCCCGUCCGGGGUUAUAAGGCCGCCGAGGCGAAACCCUGGAGCGACAAGACUGACGCCCAGCCCCGGCCUGGCCCCUACUUCCUACAGAAUGGCAGAGGCCCCAGCGCCGUCCUAGGCGUUACCGUAGUGCGUCCCCUCAUCACGGGCGCCGAGUCGGACAACAAGUUCACGCUCGGUACCAUCGAGGGCUCGAGCGCCUACAAGACGCAGAUCCUCAAGGGCGGCUUCAAGUUCUCCACCGUCAACCACGCUCUUCACGUCUCGGAUGGGUACAUCCGGGCGACGGUCGAUGGCGACACGGAGCGCGUCGGCCCUGGUGAACUGCUCUGGCUGCCAGCCGGGUCCCUGUUCUCCAUCGAGGUCGACAGCCGCUAUUUCAAGGCGUACAACCUUCAGGCAUCUUUCAAUACGACACGGUGGAAGGCAGCCCAUUUCAGGGCAGGCUGUUCAGAUACCUUUCGCACACGAAGUUAA